AUGCUUGUCAACACCGCCGCGCUUGCCAGCGUCUUGGCCCUUUUGGAGUAUGCCUCGGCCUCGGCCCUCAAGAAGCGCCAGGUCCUCAAGGAUGAGAACGUCGCAGCUCGGCUUGCAGGAGGCGCCAAAAUCGGCGACCAGUGCCACCCACCGGGUACUUAUGCUCUCGGAGGCGACAAAGCUAUCCCCCCUUGUCUUUCCGAGCAGGCUAUUGGUCUCAAGUGUGAAAUCGUGACCCAGGUCAAGAAGAAUACCACAUCCGAGGCCAACUGGAAGGCGUAUGCUAGCUGUAUCAAAGACAAUGGCAGCUCCUACUUCCAAGAUGUCAACGGCUGCUUGGCCUGCAAGGCUGCUUACAACGACCUGUCACAGCAGCAGUUUGACUGGUUCAAGGAGCGGUGGGCCGAGGGCCAAAAGGCUUUUUCCAACGACACCGUGCCCAAGGGAACGCCGUGGGACUAUGUCCAGGGCAUCAUUGGCGGCACCAAGUGCCAGAAGAAUGGCACAAACGAAACGGUUCAAGGCUGGGACUGCUGGAACCAGCUCCCCGCAGGCACGGGUAUCGCGACCAAGAACCUGACCAUUGACGAGUACUACAAGGACCGCCCCGAGACCCAGAAUAUCGGAAGCUUUGAAUUUGGCGGCAAGUCAUACCCCGAGUCGUCGUCGGUAGCGCUGGGCUUGCUGCUUCCUACGUUCCAGAUCAAGGCAGAUGUGGGUUACUUCUCGUCUGUCAAGUUGGAAGACGGCAAGAUCACCUCGCAACUCAACGCCACCGCAAAGGUCGACAUCCUGAUCCAAUACCGCGAGAUCACGUCUAUUUUCAACUUCACCAAGCCCGACGAGUUUACCGUCCUGCCGGUCAUCGACGCGCCCGUCCCCGUCAAGGACUCCGUCGCUACUGUUCCCAAGGUGGAAGCCGCCAAGCUCCCUACUGCCGCCUGCGAUGCCUCAUGCCUCGACAAUGCACCUACCAUUGACAAGAUUCAGGAGGUUGCUGCCCAGAGCCCCAAGGAAGCUGACAAGGCUGUCGUUGAGGCCUCCAAGCCUGCUAUGAAGGAUUUGGAGGAGAACAAGCCUGUUAGCGUCACCAACAAGGUCAAGAUUAUCACUGAGAUCUCGACGGAAAUCGUUGCUCCCGUCAAUUUCAAGGGCCAAGCUCCAUCUCAACAGAAUGGUCCUGGACCUUCAGACCAGAAGGGCACCGAGCCUCCGAGCCAGAAUGGUUCAGGACCUUCAGGCCCGAAGGGCUCUGAAACUCCAAGCCAGAAGGGCCCCGAGCCUCCAAAGCAGACUGGUUCUGCGCCCCCCAGCCAGAAGGGCCCUGAGACUUCGGUUGAGGAUAAGUGCGGAGACGGCACAAAGGCACCUCCCACUCCUCCUGUCGGCGGGGUCGAAAAGAAUGUAUCCAAGGAGGCAAACUCUACUUGUGUGCAGAAUGACCCUGCAGGGGCCAGUGUCAAGGUGACCGUCUGCAAGAUGCCGGGGGAGAAGGAUUGCAAGACUUAUUACUACUAG